AUGGGUUAUGCCCUUUUACCGUCGGAUAAAAAGACCGGCGCAACAAAAGCAUUAUUCAGGAAUAUCCACGUCGUCAUCGGUGCAUGGCCACAUGCAGCUCUUUGCCCAGGCCCGGAAGAGUGCCGAAUCACCAAUCUGGUGAUACGAGAUCAUCUCAAGGAACCUUGGUCGAAUCCAAUGGUGGAGCACAGCCCCAUUGCGCCCGUCGCCCAGCAACUCCAGGGCGCAGAUAUAUGGGGCUUGGCGCUAACUGAAACUUUGACAUCUGUCUCCUUGGAAGACGGAUGCACUCGCCAGCAGAUAACAUCAAUAGCACUAUAA